AUGAGUAUCUGGGACACCGACGAUGCUGAUGCAUCUCCCCUUGGUGAGGGAGAUAUCGACGCCGAGUUCGAGCGAAGAGUGCUUCGGGAUGGACGAGCGCUCGCCAUGGGGCCUGACCCUGCUCUUGCACCCGCUCAAGCGCUGAUCGGGGACGGAUGGAGGCAAGGGCCCAUCGAAACGCCGCAUGCGCUUGGUUUCCGUUGGGAGGAAGGGGCACCGUCUUAUGAAGAUAACCUUCAGAAUCGACAAGCGCUCGUCGCGGGGCCUGAGCCUGUCUUUGCACCCGCUCACGCCCUCAGCAGCGAAGGAUGGGGGGAAGGGCCAAUCGAAAUGUGGCAUGCCUUUGCUCCCCGUUGGAGCGAACUACCGGUGAUCAAGCCGCACGAUGGGCUCGAAUCACCAGGUAUUUUGCAUCUGCAUGAAGGAAGCGCUGUGGCAGCCGAGAGGGAUGCUCGACUAUGCAUGACCCACGACAACAGUAGUGGUUCUCUUGGCGCUCCCCCAGCAAUCGGCACAGGGAUAACGAGCAACGGUAUAUCCAAUGUUGGACUUGAUAACUCGGUCGGCGAUCCCUAUGUGCCUCAGUGGCCUAGCUGGCAGCCUUUACCUGGGCUACACCAGGGGCACUGGACUGAAGAUGACACGAGAUACAAUGAACAACAGGCUGUGCAUCAAUUCACGCCCCACCGGAGACAACAUCGAGAUGGAGCGGACUCGGAACAGCAGCAGGGAUUGGACACUACGUACCAACUGCGUGUGCCAGCCUCGUCGUUGGCACAUGCACUUGAUGAGAGAUUUAUAACCUUUCCGAGCAAGCAAAACGGGGUGAGCCCUAAGACAUCAACGAUUAGUGGCGGGGAUCCGUGCAGUGAGGCAACAAGCGCUUCCAACCGACCAAGCCCGCCAAACUCGGCGAUGUCAGCCAGCAGCCCGUCGGGGUCGAGCGUCAAUUCGGAGAGAACCAGGAAGCAGGACGCCGACAAUAAACGCGGCAAGGAAACAAACGAGGCAAGAGCAAGAUUCAAAACACUGUUCCCAAGGGCGGGAACGACCCUCAAGUCGGCAGAGGCAGCUGUUCUUGUCUGCAAGCACAUGAAAUGCGAGAGGAGUGUUCCUUGGGUUGCAGACGACGUCAAGGGGUUGGGGCAGCUGUUAAAAGGAGAGAAAGCUCCAACGGGCGCAUCGCCAGAGCCCAAAGACGAAAACGACGACAAGGAAGCUCGACAGAAGAGGAAGAAGAAGGAAGCAGACAGAGUUCGAAACGAGGGCUGGAAGAGACUGACCGAAGAGCUUCGGCAGUUGUUUAAACAAUCCGAGACUAAUUUGGAUGCAUGGCAAAUAGGCAAGUACGACAGGCUUUCAGGCCGAGACCAACCUAACGAACCAUCUCCCCAAUUAGCGUACGACUUCCUAGUGUAUGGGAAGGAACGAAAGGUCGUACCUGACUUGAUAAACAUCCCAUACAAACGAUGGCGGGGGGAGUGCGGGUUGAUGAACACGUCGGGCCCCUUCUUCGACGAGGCGUGA